AUGUCUUCACAUUCGAAAAUGGAGCACUUUUCCAAACCAGAUCUCUUGAGAUUCACAAACGAACUCAAGAAUCAGACAAAACUAAGUUCUUCGAGUCCCCAAACAAUCCUCACAGACACCAUCCGUCUCUAUACAGAUGGCACAAUCAUAUAUCUCGGAAAUUAUGAAAAAGAUAUCAAGUAUCCAAGCUUCGGUGGCCACUAUUAUUCACUGGUAGAUGGUUCUAUACUUGGUGAUUUCCGCACUGAAUUCAAGUACUACAUCUCCGGCAUCGUUAUUGACCCGUUUGAGAGAGCAAUGUACAUCAGAUCCGAAAAAACGAUUGAGAAGCACAUCCACCUCGGUCCAUCUCCAUUGUGGCUCACUGGAAUCAAUCCGGAGCAGUUUGAUCUCGACAAUUCGAUCAAGAAAUGCAAUUCCGAUCCAGUUUCUAUUGGAAGAUUCACUUAUUCGAAAGAUUUGUUUAUGUUGUCACAUCUUGCUGGCUAUUUAUGGAUUGAUUUCCCUAAAUCGCACGCUCCAUACCAUUAUGAGUAUUUGGUCAACGAUCCAACAUAUAUUGAUUGGAUAUUCGAAGCAAUCAAAAACAUUUCGGAAUCAGUCAAAAAUGGAAAGUUUUCUGAAAAAUGGACAACACAAGAUUCAUUGUUGUCUAUGCAGACUUAUCUGUUACUUGCCGGAAUAAGCAUCGAAAACCAUUACCAGUUGUCCGGAAUGGCUCCUCUUCCACUCAGAUACCUCACUGAUUUGAGGAAUUAUCUGACUGAUACUGCUUUUUCUUCAAUUCGACAGACAAUUAUUUACGUGUUCAUCAUCACUGCGAAAAGAUUGUGUCCUUUGGAUUUAAACAUUGCCAAUGAUACAUUGAUUGUUUGUCUUACAACACGCGAUCCAUUUACAACUGAUUUCGCUUUGACACAAAUGAUGGACAAUGAUUUCUUCAUAAAGUUUUUCGAUUCGAGAUUGGUUGAGUUUUUCUUCACGAAAAUGAUCGCAAAUAUGGCGAAGGACUCAAAUGACAACGGUGCUGAGUGGUUCAUCAGCAAGUUCCUCAGUGAGUUGAUGUACGGAAUGAACAAAGUAUUUUCGAAAGCAGGAAAUAUCAGUGAAUCUGACAAGAAACUUUUGGAUUCUUACAUCAAAUUCUCAACAAUUUUGUUGGAACAGAUGAUGGUUUGUGAUAAUCCUGAUCCGAAAUUCAUUUUAUUAUUCAGGAAAUGGAUGUCAUUAUCUCAGCCAUUCAUCAAGUUUUCUUAUAUUUCCAAACUUUUCAUGUCGUAUUUGCAGCCUUUGUUUGUAACAAUGACAUCGAAACUGAAAGUAAAUCUUCCAAACAAUUUGAACGAAUUCAACCAGAAUUUUGUUGUUCUUUUGGAAGUUUAUUUCCUUUACAUACAAUUGAUUUCUAGUUUGUUGUUUGGUGGUGAAGAAAUCUCUUUAGUCAAAGAUUUCACUUGGUUGAUUCAUUCUGCACUGAAAAAGAAUAUAAGUCCUGAAACAAUCAACAAUUUGUAUCCGAAGAUAUUUUAA